AGGCAGAUCGAUGAGCAACCGGGGCGGUGAGCGGAAGGCUGGGCUCCCCGUGAUGCUCCUCCAGCCGCGGAGAGUGUGCUGACGGGUCUGUGGGAAUAAACCCGCUGUCGGGAGGUUUUUAUCCUCCUCACGAAGAAGCUGCUUUUUAUUUUAAACUUACUGAAAUGAUGCAGUCUCAAGGAAGCACUUCCACCCAGCCCUCCUUCGACUCCCUGAGCUCCGGCGACAGCUUCCUGCUCAGCGACUCGGAGCAGGAUGAGGUGGAUGUCUUCCUGGCGGACAACGCUUCCUCCGGUGUCCUGGGCGGGGCUAAGGCCGAGGAAGAUGAGGGACCGAAGGGCCCCGGGUCCCGAUGGGACGGCUUCACGGACAAAGCGGAGGAGGAGGAGGAAGUGUACGGGUCCGAGAGCGGCGGCAAACACCUGGGCCUGGAGGAGACGGGUCCUACGAGCCAGAAACCCAAAUCCCAGGGAGACGUGCUGUUUGCUCAGAAGUGUGCUGAGCUGCAGGGUUUCGUCAGGCCUCUGCUGGAGCUGCUGAACGGGCUGAAGAAGGGCCGAUUCGACCACGGUUUAAGUAGUUUCCAGCAGAGCGUGGCUAUGGAUCGCAUCCAGAGGAUUGUUGGGGUUCUGCAGAGGCCAGACUGUGGAGAGAAGUAUCUGAACACGCUGCUUCAGGUGGAGGUGAUGUUAAAGCUGUGGUUCCCUCAGAUCUGCGCUCAGUCUGUGACUUCCUCCUCGAGCAUCACCACCUGUCCCACCCACACCUGCAGCUCCACCCCGCCACAUAAACACAGAGAUCAGCUACAUAUCCCCGUCAAGAAACGCAGACUCAGCUGGACUGGCACUGACUCCCCCACGCCGUCCCCCGUGGCGCCCAAGUGUCCUCGCGUCGCUGCAGGCGAGAGGAGGCCGAAGCACAGCCGGGACGAACGGGACCGGCCCCCCUCUGCUCCGCCCCCGGCCGAAGGAAGCGGCGUUGAGGACGCCCCGUCAGCGUACAGGCCGGCCCCGAGCUCCGAGCCCAGGGAGACGUGGGUGCACGUGGCCCCCAUCCCGUCCCCGCGCAAAACCUGCCCGUCGCACGAGGCCGCCGGGRGGGAGGACAAAAGCUCCGGCCCCGCGCCCAACAGGAAGUGCGGUCCGGCCACGCAGGACUGCUCCAUCUCGUCCACCACGCCCUCCGAGCACCACAGAAACCAGAGGAAGCCAACCCAGUGCCAAAGCCUGCCUGCUGUGGGCCAGCAGAGCGGCAGGGACACCCCCGGGACAUGUCAGGGACACACGCAGCCCCCKCUCGUCUCGGUGAAACCUCCGCUCGGGGUAAGACCCUCCGCUUUAGAGACCUGAUGAACGAGCAGAGAGUCAGCAGCUUCCCUCUCCUUCCAUCACCCAAAGCUGCUGCCGCACCAAGAAGGGGGCUCAGACACCAGGUCCAGCUGGAAGAAAUGAUAGAAACUGUACAGAUCACAGCUGAAAUGAUUAUAUCAAAUUAGAUCUAAUCAAACAAUCGUGACUACGUAAUAAACUAAAAAUGCACAAAACCAGGAUGUGGUUAAAGAGACCUAAAGAUACUUGAACAGAUAUUUACUUGUCAGCAUGAAAGCAAUCAGUCCACUCAAAGACGGAUAUUUGAGCACAGCUCAGACGAGCAGGAGCUCUGACGUCAGUAUUACAGAGGAAAACACUUAACGAUGGUUUAACUGGAGUUAACGCAGCUGAUUCUUUGGUUUUCACAAGAAAACGAGCCAAACGCUUUUAUUCAAGUGAGUGAAGAACAACUUAUUUAUGAGCCAUCAUAUCAAAAUGAGGAUUAAAGCAAAUUUGGUCAAAAUGA